UCAGCGAUGACCAGGCACAUUCUGUCGAAUACACCGAAGAAAACUGCAUAAAAAUGUCUGGACGCGGGAAGGGUGUCGGUAAGACCAGAGCGAAGGCCAAGAGCCGUUCAUCCCGGGCCGGUCUCCAAUUCCCGGUUGGACGUGUCCACAGACACUUGAGGAAGGGUAACUAUGCCCACCGCGUCGGUGCCGGGGCUCCGGUGUAUCUGGCGGCGGUGCUCGAGUACCUGACCGCUGAAAUCCUCGAGCUGGCUGGCAACGCUGCCCGCGACAACAAGAAGACCCGUAUCAUCCCCCGCCAUCUGCAGCUGGCCGUCCGCAACGACGAGGAGCUUAACAAGCUGCUGGGCGGAGUGACCAUCGCUCAGGGUGGCGUGCUGCCCAACAUCCAGGCCGUCCUGCUGCCCAAAAAGACCGAGAAGGCCGCCAAGAAGUAAACACCCGGAAACAACAACAACCACACAACGGCUCUUUUAAGAGCCACACACCUCAAACUAAAGACGUUUCCUUUAUUUCGUCAGAACAUUACUCUUUUACUAGUUGUGUUUAUAGCAGGGAUGUAUCAAGAUAUUUAGAUUUUAAGGUUAAUAUAACUCCGGAAGUAUAAAUGCCUUUUAUUUAAUAAAACAUUAUCCAUAAUGCAUAAACCACCCAAAGUAGACUUACAACGAGGCACGACAUUCUUAACAGUUUCCUGCAAAAGCCAUCAGUCCGUGUGAAGUCUUUUGUUU